AUGGCGCCUAGAGGAAGAAGAAAGAAUCAAACAGAACAAGACAAUAAUGUGGCUGGAGAAGAAGAAAUGGCUGAGGAACAAAACGAAGACAUGGAUCAGGAAGAACAAGAAGAAGAAGAAGAAAACAUAGAGAUUAUGGACUUAUCACCAUCAACUUUUCCAUUAGGAGAAGUGAUAGAUUCUGCAUCACCAAUAUGGGAUUAUGCAUACCAUUCUGCUGGAGGGGAGGAGAGAUUUGGAUGGGUAAGUGAUGAGGAGGAGACUGAUCCAGAUGAGGGCAGUGUUGUUGAUGAGGAUGAAGAUGAAAUGAUCCAGCUGACUCCACAACCGCUAUGUGAAGAACUUAAAGAGCUGAUCAGAGAAGUUUUUAGGGUUUUGUCAAUGGAAGAAGCGUCGUCUUCUUCGUCAGAUAUUCUAGAAGCAGAGAUUGUUGGAAUCUCAUUCUCUCUUGCUGCUCACAGAGAAAUCCGUCUAGCAUCCAUUAGUGACGCUGGGAUCAACCAUGUCAGCCAACUCUCUAACUCAUUCUUGGGGUUACCUCUGGAGUUUGGUAAAUGUGAGGCUUGCGGUGCCACAGAGCCAGAUAAAUGUGAAGGUCAUUUUGGGUAUAUUCAUCUCCCAGUGCCGAUAUACCAUCCCUCUCAUGUUAGUGAGUUGAAACAGAUGCUUAACCUUCUCUGCUUGAAGUGUCUGAAGAUAAAGAAGAUUAAGAGCACAAAUUCUGGGCUUGCGGAGCGUUUACUUGGCGUCUGUUGUGAGGAAGCUGCGAACAUCACCAUCAAAGAUAAAACAUCAGAUGGUGCCUCAUAUCUGCAGUUGAAGGUUCCGUCUAGAACAAGACUGCAUGAGGGCUUCUGGAAUUUCCUGGAAAGAUAUGGUUACCGCUAUGGAAGCGACCAUACCCGGCCCCUGCUAGCAAGAGAGGUAAAGGAAAUUUUGAGAAAGAUUCCAGAAGAAACAAGAAAGAAGCUCACAGCAAAGGGACAUAUUCCUCAAGAAGGUUACAUAUUAGAAUAUCUCCCAGUCCCGCCUAAUUGUUUGUCAGUGCCAGAAGUUACUGAUGGUUCCAGCUCCAUGGCAGUGGAUCCGUCUAGAAUUGAGUUAAAAGAUGUUCUCAGGAAAGUGGUGGCGAUAAAUAACUCUAGGUCUGGCGAGACCAACUUUGAGUCACAUAGAGCUGAAGCCAAUGAGAUGUUUAGAGUGGUGGAUACCUAUCUUCAGGUGAGGGGCACUGCGAAGCCGACAAGAAACAUAGAUAUGAGAUUUGGGGUGUCCAAGAUCUCGGACAGCUCUUCCUCAAAAGCCUGGACAGAAAAGAUGAGAACACUUUUCAUUCGAAAAGGUUCAGGGUUCUCUUCUCGCAGCGUCAUCACUGGAGAUGCUUUCAGGAAUGUGAAUGAGGUAGGGAUCCCAAUGGAAAUUGCUCAUCGGAUCACAUUUGAGGAGAGAGUUAGUGUCCACAACAUAGGAUAUCUACAAGAGUUAGUGGACAACAAGAUGUGCUUGAGCUAUACCCAAGGUUCGACGACCUAUUCUCUGAGGGAUGGUUCCAAGGGGCACACAGUUCUUAAACCCGGGCAGAUUGUUCAUCGCAGGGUCAUGGAUGGGGAUGUGGUGUUUAUCAACCGUCCUCCCACAACUCAUAAGCAUUCUCUGCAAGCACUUCGGGUCUAUGUGCAUGAAGACAACACGGUGAAGAUUAAUCCCCUGAUGUGUGGCCCUCUCAGUGCUGAUUUUGAUGGGGAUUGUGUCCAUCUGUUCUACCCACAGUCUCUCACCGCUAAGGCAGAGGUCCUGGAGCUCUUUUCAGUGGAUAAGCAACUUCGUAGCUCACAUACUGGACAGCUGAUUCUGCAGCUGGGUUUAGACUCUUUGCUUUCUCUGAGGGUUAUGAUGGAGCAGUUGUUUCUGGACAAACCAUCUGCUCAACAGUUAGCAAUGUAUGGCUCUCGAUCUCUUGCACCACCAGCUGUGAAGUCCAGUAAAUCUGGCCCUGCUUGGACUUUUUUUCAGAUCAUGCAGCUUGCCUUUCCUGAGCGUCUUAGUUGCAAAGGGGACGGGUUCAUAAUUGAUGGAAGUGAUUUGCUGUCUUUUGAUUUUGGGGCUGAAGCGUUGGCGUCUAUCAUCAAUGGGAUUGUAACCGCAAUCAUGGCAGAGAAGGGUCCAAAGGAAGCAUUGGGAUUCUUUGAUACACUGCAGCCGCUAUUGAUGGAACAUCUAGAUCCUCAUGGAUUUAGUUUAAGUUUGGAAGACUUAUCCAUGUCUAGGGAAGACAUGGGAGUUAUUCACAAUCUCAUCAUCCGGGAGAUUUCUCCUAUGGUGUCUCAGUUGAGACUAUCAUAUGAAGAUGAAUUGCAACUAGAGAACAGCAUCCACAAAGUGAAGGAAGUGGCUGCUAAUUUUAUGCUGAAGUCUUAUUCGAUGAGGAACUUGAUUGACAUCAAGAGCAACUCAGCAAUAAACAAGCUGGUGCAGCAGAUUGGCUUCCUGGGUCUUCAGCUUUCAGACAAAAAGAAGUUGUACACGAAGACUCUGGUGGAAGACAUGGCUCAGUUUCAUAAGAAAAAGUAUGUCAGUAUGUCUUCCUCUGGAGAUUUUGGAAUUGUCAAAGGCUGCUUCUUUCACGGACUGGAUCCUUAUGAAGAGAUGACUCAUUCAGUUGCCGCAAGGGAGGUCAUUGUUCGCUCAUCAAGGGGGUUAGCUGAGCCUGGGACACUCUUCAAGAACCUUAUGGCUGUUCUACGGGACAUAGUCAUCACCAACGAUGGAACUGUAAGAAAUACAUGCAGUAACUCCAUCGUGCAGUUCAAGUAUGAGCUGGGUUCUGACAGUGAGAAUCAAGGUUUAUUUGAAGCGGGAGAUCCUGUUGGGGUAUUAGCAGCUACCGCUAUGUCAAAUCCUGCCUACAAAGCGGUGCUUGAUUCUUCCCCAAAUAGCAAUUCUUCAUGGGAGCUAAUGAAGGAAGUUCUACUCUGCAAAGUCAACUUCCAAAACACUACCAAUGAUCGGCGUGUCAUUCUUUAUCUGAAUGAAUGCCGUUGUGGGAAAAAGUACUGUCAGGAAAAUGCUGCAUACACAGUGAGGAACAAGCUGAAGAAAAUUAGUCUGAAAGAUACUGCAGUGGAGUUUCUAGUCGAAUACAGAAAGCAACAAGCGAUUUCAGAGAUUUUUGGAAUGGAUAUAUGCCUACAUGGUCAUGUUCAUCUUAAUAAGACAUUGUUGGAAGGGUGGAACAUCAGCAUGCAGGACAUACUUCAAAGGUGUGAGGAUGCAAUCAACUCACUAGUUCAAAAGAAGAAGAAGAAAGCUGAGGACUUUAAGAGAAUGAAUUUGUCUGUCAGUGAGUGCUGCACUUUCCGAGGUCCAGGCGAGAGCAAAGAUUCUGAUAUGCCAUGCUUGAUGUUUUCCUCCUACAAUGCCACUGAUCCUGAUCUAGAAAGGACUCUGGAUGUUCUCUGCAAUACAAUAUACCCAGUUCUGCUAGAAACAGUGAUCAAAGGUGAUCCACGGAUUGCCUCAGCAAAUAUAAUCUGGAAUAGUCCAGAAACGACAACCUGGAUCCGGAAUCGUCAUGGAUCCCGCCGAGGGGAAUGGGUAUUGGAUGUCACCGUUGAAAAAUCUGAUGUCAAGCAAAGUGGUGAUGCAUGGAGGGUUGUGAUUGACUCAUGUCUUUCAGUGCUUCAUCUAAUAGACACAAAACGGUCAAUCCCAUAUUCCAUAAAGCAAGUUCAAGAAUUGCUUGGUUUGUCCUGCGCCUUUGAGCAAGCUGUUCAGCGUCUCUCAGCUUCAGUGAGAAAGGUCUCCAAAGGAGUUCUGAAAGAACACAUCAUUCUCGUGGCAAACAACAUGACUUGUUCAGGGGAUAUGCUAGGUUUCAACUCUGGUGGUUAUAAGGCUUUGACGCGAUCCUUGAACAUCAAGGCUCCAUUCACAGAAGCAACUCUUAUUGCGCCACGGAAGUGUUUCGAGAAAGCAGCUGAGAAAUGUCAUAAAGAUUCUCUAUCAACAGUCGUUGGAUCUUGUUCUUGGGGAAAACGCGUAGAUGUUGGAACAGGUUCAAAGUUUGAGCUUCUAUGGAACAAAAAAGAGACUGGUCUGGAGAAUGAUGAUGAAAAAACUGAUGUAUUCAGCUUUCUCCAGAUGGUAAGAUCCACCAAAACUGGAGAGGCCUACGUUUCUUCCCCUGGCUUUGAUGUUACAGAGGAAGAAAUGGCUGAAUGGGCUGAAUCGCCCGAGCGAGACUCUGCUCUUGGAGAGCCCAAGUUUGAUGACAGUGCCGAGUUCCAAAAUCUACUUGAUGAAGGCAAGACAUCGGAAUCCACAUGGGAAAAGAAUUCUGUAUGGGAAAAUGGUAAUAGUGGCUCAGGAUGGGGAGUCUCGAAAAGUACUGGUGGUGAGGAAAACGAACAGUCUGGCUGGGGAAAGGCUGCAAACGUUGAGAAUGAAGAUGCUUCGUCUGGUUGGAACACUAAAAAAGUUGCUCAAGAAUCAUCCAAGUCAGAUUCAUGGGGCGCUUGGGGAUCAAAGGCAAAAGAUGAUGCUGAAACGGCAACACCAAGCUGGGAAACAAGACCAGCUCAAAAUGAUACUGUUGUCGUUGAAAACAGUGAGCCUUCUUCUGGUGUUUGGGGGAAAAAGAACUCUGAAACUGAGCCAGCUCCUGCUGCAUGGGGUUCAUGGGGUAAAAAGAACCCUGAAACUGAAUCAGAUGGUCCUGCUUGGGGUUCUAGUGACAAAAAGAACCAGGGGACAGAAUCGGAUGCUGCUGUUUGGGGAUCUACUGACAAAAAGAACCCUGAAAGUGAAUCAAAUGCUGCUGCUUGGGGUUCUGGAACUAAAGCGAACAAAGAAACGGAAUCAGCUCCUGCUGCAUGGGGUUCCUGGGGGAAAAAGAGCUCAGAAACUGUAUCAGGUGGUGCGGAUUGGGGUUCUAGGGGCAAACGGGUUUCUGAAACUGAAUCAGGUGGUGGUGUUUGGGCUUCCCGGAACCAGAGCUUAGAAACUCAGUCAGGUGGUGCUACUUGGGGUUCUAGGGAUAAAUCUAAAUUUGGAACUGAAUCAGGUGGUUCUGCUUGGGGCUCGCAGGCCAAAAACAAUUCUGAGACUGAGUCAAGCUCAGGUGCUUCUACUUGGGGUACUUGGGACAAGAAGAAAUCAGAAACUCAAUCAGGUGGUGCUGCUGCUUGGGGUUCUCAGGCUAAAAACAAUACUGAAACUGGGCCAGGCGCAGGUGGUGCUGCUUGGGGUACUUGGGACAAGAAGAAACCAGAAACUGAAUCAGGUGGUGCUGCUUGGGGUACUUGGGACAAGAAGAAACCAGAAACUGAAUCAGGUGCUGCUGCUUGGGGUACUUGGGACAAGAAGAAAUCAGAAACCGAAUCAGGUGGUGCUGCUUGGGGUUCUCAGCCCAAAAAUAACUCUGAAACUGAGUCAGGCGCAGGUGCUUGGGGCAAGAAGAAAGCAGAAACUGAUUCAGGUCCUGCUGCUUGGGGGUCCCGGGACAACAAGAACUCUGAAAGUCAAUUAGGUGCUGCUAAUUGGGGUUCUAAGGACACAAGUAACUCGGCAAAUGGAUCAGAUUCUGCUGCUUGGGGUAAAAAGAAGAAUUCUGAAGCUGAACCAGGUUCUGUUGGUUGGGGUUCUUGGGGACAACCAAGUCCCACUGCUUCGGACAAGGACGCCCAAGAAGAUGAUGGAAACCCAUGGGUAUCUUUAAAGUCGAUCAAUAAGGCAGAGAAGGAUGGGAAUGAGACAAGCCAGUGGGGAGUUCCAAACAAGAGAUAUCCAUCUACUGGCUCACAGGGUGGCUUGUCCAGUGGUGGUGGCGCAGACUGGAAGAGGAACCGUCCUCCUAGGACCCCUGGAUCUGAGAGUAUUAUGGGUCCCAUGUUCACAGCAACAAGACAGCGCAUAGACAUGUUCACCUCUGAGGAGCAAGAGCUUCUCUCAGAUGUUGAUCCAGUCAUGAGAAGACUCAGGAGAAUAAUGCAUCAGUCCGGGUACACUGAUGGUGAACCAAUCUCGGAUGAAGACAAGAAGUAUGUCCUUGAGCAGAUCUUGAAUUACCAUCCAGACAAAGAUGCUAAGCUCGGUUCCGGCCUUGAUUUCAUCACGGUUGAUAAGCACACAACGUUCACAGAGUCCAGGUGCUUCUUUGCUGUCUCGACUGAUGGGACCAAACAGGACUUCUCAUACAGGAAGUGCAUCAACAACUAUCUGGUGGAGAAGUUCCCAACCCUAGCUGAAGAGUUCAUUCAAAAGUACUUCAGAAAGAGGGAUGAGGCCAACAGAGAAAGGAACAGCCAAGAUGCCACACCACCUGGGGAAAAAGAGUCUCAGACUACUCAGCCUCUUGGUAAUGGAAGCCAAGACUCUCAGCCUCAGCCUAUUGGUAGUGAAGGUGGCGACACUCAGGCUCAGUCUCAAGUUGAAGACACUCAGCCUAUUGGUAAUGGAGUUGAAGAGACUCAGGCUUAGGUUUAGGCUCAGUCUUUUGGUAGGAAAGGUAUCACCCACUCUUUUGUUUUGAGAUGUACAUAAAGAGUGGAGAGGAUGCAGGUUUUUUAUCCACUAGGAAACUCUGAUGUGAACUGCAAAACAAUGUGUAAACGCAGUUCUCUUUUGUCUGAAAAUAAGUCUUAGGUUUCGGUCCGUGACUGGUUUGUAUUGGAGUCUUUGCAGGAUUGUAAAGCUCUAGUGUUAGUACUUUGGCAUUGACUACUUAUUGAAGUUAUAACAAUGCAUUAGCC